AUGCAGAUUUUUAAAGGUUCUUUCGUACUUCUCUCCGGGAUCAUCGGGCACCUAGGGGCGUGUGACUUGAAAGAAGAAUGUAAAGGAAUCUAUCUUUGCACAGUCACAGGUGGGAAAUGGAAAACAUGUCCCGUUGAAGGUUGUCCUUUGAAAUUUCGCCCGAUAAUAUGGAAAUACUGCGCCCUUUGCGGCAACCAAAAACCGACAGAUGUUGAGAGAUGUGACAAUCACCUUGAGACUGAGUCGAGGCUGGUUUUGCAAGAGCCUCAAGCGCCACUUCCCGCCCGCCGAGGAGAAUUACAUCCUGAGACGAAAAGCACCAUUCACUCGACGAGUCGGAUACAGGCCAGUUCGCGAGAAGCUGGACAAAUAGGACACGCCUCGUCGGCUUCGUCGGCAGCCGUGCACCCCAUGCAGAAGCCGACUUCGUCGACGAGGUGGAUAUCGAAGGGUCGCGUCGGCGUACCUAGAUCCUCAUCUGCCGGCAAAGACACGCUUAGAGACUAG